AUGGACAAACAUUCCCGGGAUUCUUUGCCAACUCGUGGUACUGCAGGGCUGUCUGGGAUUUCGUCACUAAAUAUUCCAAAUAAAGUGGGAAGCAGUGCAUGGAGAAUACCGAACGCAACUGAUGUAUUUCAAGAUUCUAAUGAUGUUAGCCUGUUUUCUACUUCGCUGCCUGUUCUUCCGCACGAAAAUCUAAAUUUGACUGAUUCUGAACAAUAUGGUCAACCGGUGGAUGAUAACUUGCUAACAGUAGACAAAGUUCAUAAAGAAGACGAGGGGCAUGAUCCUUUCGAUAAUUUUGAAAUUAACGCCAUUGGAAACAUGCUACCUGAUGACGAAGACGAGCUUUUAGCUGGGAUAAUGGACGAUUUUGACCUUAGCGGAUUACCAAAUCAACUGGAGGAUUUGGAUGAAAACGAUCUGUUUGUUAAUGGAGGUGGAUUUGAAAUGGAUUUUGAACCCCAAGAGAGUCUUAGUUUUGGUGUUUCAAAGAUGAGCAUAUCAGACGGAAUUGCUUCUAAUGGUAUUGGACCAUAUGCUAUCCCGAAUGGUGUGGGAACAGUGGCCGGAGAGCAUCCCUACGGAGAGCAUCCAUCGAGGACAUUGUUUGUUCGGAACAUCAAUAGUAACGUUGAGGAUUCUGAAUUAAGAACACUAUUUGAGCAAUAUGGGGAUAUCAGAACUUUGUACACCGCAUGCAAGCACAGGGGCUUCGUGAUGAUAUCUUACUAUGACAUACGAGCUGCUCGCACUGCAAUGCGUGCUUUACAAAACAAACCCCUAAGACGAAGGAAACUUGAUAUUCAUUUUUCAAUUCCUAAGGAUAACCCCUCGGAAAAAGAUAUAAACCAAGGAACCCUCGUAGUGUUCAAUUUAGAUCCGUCGGUAUCAAAUGACGACCUUCGCCAAAUAUUUGGGGUUUAUGGUGAGGUCAAAGAGAUCAGGGAAACACCACACAAGCGACACCAUAAGUUUAUCGAGUUUUACGAUGUUAGAGCAGCAGAUGCAGCUCUUAAAGCAUUAAAUCGAUGCGACAUUGCUGGCAAACGCAUAAAACUUGAACCUAGCCGUCCUGGUGGAGCGCGCAGAAACUUGAUGCAACAACUGACUCAAGAACUGGAACAAGAUGAAGUUCGAACUUUCAGGACUCAAGUAGGUUCGCCUAUAGCCAGUUCUCCUCCCGGUAGCUGGGCACAAUUUAGUAGUCCAGUUGAACCUAAUCCAUUAGGUUCUUACAGCAAGUCCCCUGGUUUGGGUCAUGCGAGCCCUAUUAAUAUCAACCAUUUGUCCGGAUUGGCUGCAAUUCUUUCCCCGCACGCACCGACCUCUCCCAAAAUUGCGCCGAUCGGUAAGGACCCUGGACGAGUUUCAAAUCAGAUGUUUGCCAGCUCUGGAGGAUCGACACAUGGAGUAGCUUUUCAACAUUCUAUCUCCUUUCCUGAAAAAAGUGUAAAUGCAAGUCCUAGGCCUAUAUCUGCUUUCGGUGAAUCAAAUUCAAAUUCAUCGAGUGUUGGAACACUGUCUGGUCCCCAAUUUCUUUGGGGAAGCCCGACUCCUUACUCGGAGAAUUCAAACACAUCUGCCUGGUCUUCAACUUCUCUUGGGCAUCCAUUUGCAUCUAGUGGCCAAAGGCAGGGUUUUCCAUACACAGGUCAUCGCAAUCCUUUUCUUAGCUCCCAGCACCAUCAUCAUGUAGGAUCUGCUCCAUCCGGCCUUCCUCUUGAACGAAAUUUCAAAUACUUUCCAGAAUCACCCGAUACCUCUCUCAUGAGCUCCAUUGGAUUCGGGAAUUUAAAUCACGGUGAUGGGAAUUUUAUGAUGAACAUGGGCUCUCGUCCAUCUAUCGGGCAUGGUAUUGGCCAUUCAGUAACUUCCAGUGAAAUUGGUUCGCCUAAUUUUGGAAUGAUGUCCGUACCUGGUCAUGGUUCCUUGUUCAUUGGAAAUAGUUUGUACGCUGGACCUGGACUGUCUAGCAUCGAAGGAUUUGCUGAACGUGGACGAAAUCGGCGACCUGACAAUAACGUGAACCAAAUUGAAAGUAAGAAGUUGUACCAGCUUGAUCUUGACAAAAUCAUCAGUGGUGAAGAUACAAGGACUACUUUAAUGAUUAAAAACAUUCCUAACAAGUACACUUCAAAGAUGCUGCUUGCUGCAAUUGAUGAGAAUCACCAGGGGACUUAUGACUUCCUCUACUUGCCAAUUGACUUUAAAAAUAAGUGUAAUGUCGGUUACGCUUUCAUCAAUAUGGUCUCUCCUUCACACAUCGUCGCCUUCUAUAAGGCUUUUAAUGGGAAGAAAUGGGAGAAGUUUAAUAGCGAAAAAGUUGCUUCAUUGGCAUAUGCACGGAUUCAAGGAAAGGCUGCACUUGUGAUGCAUUUUCAGAAUUCAAGCUUAAUGAAUGAGGAUAAACGAUGUCGGCCAAUCCUUUUUCAUUCAGAAGGCCAAGAUACUAGUGACCAGGAACACUUUCUAUCGAGCAACUUGAAUAUAUGUAUUCGUCAACCAGACGGAUCUUACUCGGGUGAUAUGUUGGAGAGCCCGAAGGGCAAUUCAGAUGAAAAUCUGGAAAAAGAUUGA